AUGGCAUCAUUCCGCGGUCUUCUAACGUACUUCGCCGUCGCAGCGUGUGUGCUGAGUGCUGUUGAGACGGUCUCCGCAGCGUCGGACUCUGGUUUCAAGAACCGAACGGCGGUUUUACUAGCGGGUGACUCGAUCAUGGAGCAAGCUACUGAACCAUCCGUGGACGGCUUCAUCUCCCUUCUGGCGGGCCGAUACUCGCGCUCCGCCGAUAUGAUCGUGCGUGCUCUCUCGGGAUACAACACCAGAUGGUACCUCAAGUACGCGAUGCCCGGCAUCGAAGAAGAGAUCACGAGGGGGGACUACAACCCAGCACUUAUCACGCUCUGGCUGGGUGCAAACGACGCAGUGCUGGUUAACGGUAGUAACACUGAGAUGCACGUUCCCGUUGCAAACUACAAGGAAAACCUCAUUAAAAUCGUGGAGAGAUUCAAGGAGGUGGCACCCGACUCGAAAAUCUUGAUUGUCACGCCAAAUCACGUCGGUGACGCUGCCCGAAAGAAGGCUGCUGCGGAACGAACCGAUUCCAAGAAAGGGUUGUUGGACCGGUCUAACGCAGUGGUGAAGCCGUACGCUCAGGCUUGUGUGGAGGCUGCGAAAAAGACUGGGGUCCCCGUUUUGGACCUGUACUCGCACUUCAACGCCAUGACGGUGGCUGCGCGAGACAAAUUGUUGGUGGACGGAGUCCACUUCAAUGCUGCAGGCCACUUGGUCGUUGACGAGAAAUUGCGCGCUACGAUUCUGAAGGAGUUUCCUGAAGUCAACGACCUCCUGGACACGUACCAAUUCCCGAUUGUGAGCCGGUGGAUGAAGGACGAUCCGUACGUCCCCGAGACUACGAACUAA